AUGCCAAGUUUUCUUGAAAAUCUAAGUGUCCAGACACUGGAAAGGAUAUUUGGUGUUGUUGUUCUACUGUCUGUAUAUGUUAUAUAUCAACAGUAUGUAAUUGUAACAAUACUUAGUGUAAUAAUAUUAUAUAUAACUUUAUAUUAUUAUAAAAAGAAACAAGAAAAAUAUAUACCAUUAACUGGACAAAGUGUCUUAAUAACAGGAUGUGACACAGGAAUUGGCCAUAAGUUAGCUGUUCGUCUGGGUAAAAGUGAUGUUACUGUUUUUGCUUGUUGUUUAUCAUCAUCCAGUAAAGGUGCUUUAAAGUUGAAAUCUGUUGGUAGUAAUGUUCAUGUUUUAUCUAUGAACGUUAAAUCAGAUGAAAGUAUCGAGGAAUGUCUACAAUAUGUCAAGGAAAGAUGCCAAGACAAAGGUUUAUGGGGUAUAGUAAACAAUGCCGGGAUAGUAAGAUGUGGUGAUGUAGAAUUAACAACAAUGUCUGUAUAUAAAGAUGUAGUAGAUGUUAAUUUAUUUGGAAUGAUUAGAGUUUGUAAAGCGUUUAUUCCACUUGUAAGAAAAGCAAAAGGUCGAGUUAUUAAUGUGACAAGUGUCCGAGGCAUAAUAUCUUACCCAGCAUUUUCAGCCUACAGCAUGUCAAAGUUUGCGGCGGAAGCUUUCUCCGAUUCACUCCGAAUGGAAAUGAGUAGAUUUGGAGUAAAAGUGGUUAUUGUGGAACCUGGUAAUUAUGGUGGAGCUACUGGUUUGUGGGACGAAGAAAAUAAAGAGAGAAUUUUGAAUAGCGUUGAUGAAAUGAAUUCGGAGGCUAGUUUGGAAGUUUUAGAUACUUAUGGAAACGGUUAUCUGAGAAAAUUGGCGCAGAAUGGCAUAGAUGGUUGCUCUACAACUUACCCAAACCUUAAUCCUGUUACUGACGUUCUUUAUAAUGCCAUCUUUAAUUUAAAUCCCCAGACAAGAUAUUUAAUAGACGGCAGUAAUAAAAUCUAUGACAUCGAUUGUGUAAUGGGACGUCUGCGAUCAUUUGUUCCUACUUGGAUGAUGGAUUAUGUUGUAAUGACGUAUUAUGGGCCACCUAAACCACCAGUAGUCGAACCAUAACAUGGAUUAUAGAACACAUUCUGAAUAAAACUGGAAAGACGAAAUUGCUUCUAUGUUCCGUAUUAUCCCCCUUCAACCGACCCGACGAAUCGGGCAAAAAGAAAUGUCGCAAAAUUAACUUUGAACAUUUUAUAUAACACUAAGCGUAUAAUUUCGUCGUCUUAGACCGUUCGACUGCCGUCCGUUUAUAAAUUGUUUCUACAGUGGACAGAAGUUUUGAUGGAAUACACAUGGGUUCACUGAUUAGUCUUUGACAUAUUUAGCAUUGAAAGAAUUGCUACAAAUAUUUACGAAGUUAUUUCCCUCGCUUCAAAACAUCAUUCACAAUUUUGAUGAACAAGCAAACAGUAAUCAAUUUAUUUUUUAUACAAAUUCGAUGAAACUUGCAGAAUGCGCUUGAUUCAGAAUUUUCAUUGACAAUUUUG